UUUUUUUUUUCAAGUUCAUUUCGCGCGUCGCGUUGCAUUCUGGUCACCUGUACAGAAAGCAAAAUGGCGGAUUCUGAAGAGCAAGAACCAACUCCAGCAAAACAAGACGUUUUAAAGAAAUAUAAAGCCGCUGGGGUCAUUGUCAAAACUGUUUUUGGAGAAAUUUUGCAAAAGAUACAGCCUGGUGCCUCAGUUCAUGAAAUUUGUGGUUAUGGCAACAAUAGAAUUCUAGAAGAAACAUCAAAAAUAUACAAAAAAGAAAAAUCAAUAAAGAAAGGUAUUGCAUUUCCAGUAUGCCUUUCAGUCAAUAAUUGUAUCUGUCAUUUUAGCCCUUUGAAGACAGAUCCUGAUGUCACACUUCAAGAUGGUGACUUAGUUAAAGUUGAUUUAGGAGCUCAGAUAGAUGGAUAUAUAGCUGUUGCUGCUUACACAGUAGUAGUUGGAGCUACUCCUGAAAACAAGGUUAAAGGUCGUAAGGCUGAUGUUAUAUUGGCUGCUUACAAUGCCUCACAAGCUGCUUUAAGAUUAGUUAAACCCGGUAAUGAAAAUUUUACAGUAACAGAAACGAUACAGAAAGUAGCAGAGUCGUUUGAUUGUAAACCUAUUGAAGGUAUGUUAUCACACCAGUUAAAGAGGAAUGUAAUUGAUGGAGAGAAAGCUUUUAUAAUUAAUCCAUCAGAUUUACAGAAAAAAGAAUUAGAGAAAUGUACGUUUGAAGUACAUGAAGUUUAUGGUGUAGAUGUUCUUGUCAGUACUGGUAAAGGAAAGGGCAAAGACAUGGACACCAGGACCACUGUUUAUAAAAAGAGGGAUUGUAGUUAUCAACUAAAGAUGAGAACAUCCAGACAAUUUUUAACCGAAGUCAAUAAAAAAUUUGGUUUUCUUCCUUUCUCAUUAAGUUUAUGCGAAGAUGAGAAGACAGCUAGAAUGGGUGUUGUAGAGUGUUAUAAACAUGAUGUAAUGCAGCCAUUCAAUGUACUAUAUGAAAAAGAAGGUGAACUUGUAGCUCAGUUUAAGUUUACGGUUGUUUUAAUGCCUAAUGGUACAGUACAGGCCACAGAAUUACCCUUUGAUCCUACGCUGUAUGAAAGUGAACAUUCUAUUCAAGAUGAGGAACUUAAGACAUUAUUGGCCACUGAUGUAUUUGUUAAAUCUAAGAAAAAUAUGAAGAAAGCUGCCAGUGCUGCUGCUCAAGAGGCUGAGGCUGCUGCAUCAAAUCCUGAAGCAGGUGCUGCUGCAGGUGCAGGGGGAGACAAUCCCGCCAAAUAAUUGAUGCUUUAGGGCUUUUGACAUCUUGAGUACGAAUAUUAUGAAAAAUGGGGAUCCCAUGGUUUUGUAUUUGGUUGCUUUUUGUGGUGGUUUAUUAUUUGACACAUUGGUCGUCAUGCAGAAUUGCUUAAGACAAGUUCUUUGGACUGCUCUAUGGAUUGCAUCUUCUACAUUUAAGGUGUUCUGAUUUAUAAAUUCAGUAAGUCUGCCUGAAAAGGGAUUGAUUGAAGAUGUCCGUUGAUUGAUCAAUUAAAUGCUUCACAAAUAUGGAUAAUAAAAUGCCAAAGGACUUUAUUUGAUGAGUUCAACAGAAACAGGUGCAGUUCUUGUGUGUCGACAAAUGUGCCCAAUGAAAGCAAAAAAACCAUUCAGAGAUAAAACGUUUGUUAAAAUUGUUAAGUGCUAGUUAAAAAAGAAGUCCUCCAUUUUGUGAAUUUUUUAUUACAGCAAAAUGCGAAACUGUUUUUCUUGUUACAAAUUAUUCAGUGCUAUUUUGCACUACCAAAUGUAUAAAACAUCUAUUUGUUUAGAAUUUAUGUAGUGUUAUGGGGUUGUAGCAUCACAAACCGUGGUUUCAGAAUUUAUGUAACAUUAUAUAGCAUUACAUCACUUUCACAAAUAUAUAAAUUGGGUGUCUAGACAAAGGUCUAUAAGAAAUGUGGGGAAUGGUGGUUGUUAAAUGAAUUGUGUUGUCUUUGGUAAAAAAAUUCAAACUAUUUGGGAAUAGUUGAAACGGCUGGUUCGAUGUUUGUCAAUCUACACAGGUAAAUUGCACUAAAUGUUGAAUGAAACAUCCAGGAAUUUGUGAAAGUGAAGUAUGGCUGUGCUAAUUUUCUUGGCUCAAGUGGUUAAAACUUCACCAAAUAAACUUUUAUUCUCUUUAAUUGUAAUCUUAUUUAUUUUGUUUUGUACAUAAAUUAAAACAAAUUCUACUAAAUUGCCAGAAAUCUAUCAGAAAUGUUAACCUAUCAACAUCUUGGUGAAUUGAAUAUAUUUUGGUAAGAUAAAUAUAUUUCAAUGGAGAAUCAAUGAUUUGAACAUCCGAUAUUGAGUAUGGAAGUUACUUUAUAAGUUGUUUUGUCUUUUCUCACUUAAAGAUUCAUGUUGAAUUCUCUACUUAAAUGUUGGGAUCACAUUUUGCAUUGAUUUGUACUUACAUUCUUGAAUCAUAUAAAGAAAAGAAAACUUGUCAUUGAGAUCUACAGGACAACCACAGUUAACUUAAUAUAAUUAUGGCUACUCUGGAAACUAUUAAUACAGGACUCCUUAAAAAGAUGACAUGGAAUGUGAGCCCAACUUUUAAGGCAUAAAUAUUGAUAUAUAUGUCAUGGUGCAGGAUUUUAUCAUCUUCCACAAUCAAAGACCAUUCUACCUGUACUGGCUAGUAAUAAAGUAGUUAAUCAAAAAUAUUUUAUUUAGACAAAUUGAUUUCUAGCACUUGUUUAUAUUAUAUUUGUUGGUAAGGGUUAGUUCUUACCAAAUUCCUCUUCGAGACAUAGUCAUAAAACCCCAUCCUCUAGACAAUGUAGGGGAUAAAAAGUUCAAAAUCCUGUGUAGAACUGAAGGAGCGUGAUAAAUACAUGCACUUGCAUCAUUUUUUGACGCUUUGUAAAAAGCAGUUUGAUUAAAUUUAUUGAAAUAAAUAUCUACAAAUGUUAUUGAAAUAGCUGCAUUAGGCAAAAUAUUUUUGUAAUUUAACAUCUGAAAUUUGUUCAGAUAUUUGGAUAUUCAUUGUUUUCAAGACUUUCUCAUGUGAAUAGGAUAUUGUUCAUGGUAUUUAAAAUGGUAGUAUCGAGAGUUUGCACUUAUCAAUUUUUAUUAUUCCCAAAUAGAUUUAUUCUAAUGAAGUGACAGCCUUCGCGUCUUGAAUACGAGCUGUGAGGGGAUUUGAGAAAUUGUUAUAUUAAAGAGUAAUUAUUAAAUUUGAAAAAAAAAAAAAUAAGUUGCAAAAAGUGAUUAUUCAAAUAAUGUAGAUUUUAUUUCUUACUUUUCCAAACUAUAAAC